AUGGCCAAUAUCAACGAACGCAAUGUAUACUUCGGCACGGACUCGUUGAAGAAAUACUUCAACCCAGACUCGCAGCCACCUCUUCCUCUCGUAGAGCUGCCACCGCAUUUGAACCCAUACUAUGAAGAUGGGGUCCGAAUCUAUGCUAAAAUGAUGACCAUGCAUCCUGCAAACAAUGUCAAGGCAAUGCCAGCAAUGAACAUGCUCGAGUCCAGCGUGAUACCUGGCGAGACGAGUCAAAUCAUCGAAUAUAGUUCCGGCUCGACAGUGAUAUCCAUGUCGAUGGUGGCCCGCGUCAUGCAUGGAGUGAAUGACACCCGGGCAUUCCUCAGCAACAAAACCAGCGAUGCGAAAUUGAAACUCAUGCAAUUCUUCGGACUCGAUAUCACACUCUUCGGAGGACCGUCUCAGCCAGAGCCACUGGAUGGGCGAGGCGGGAUCCAAAAUGCCCGGAGACAGGCAUUGGAAUCAGACGAGAUCGUCAACCCCAACCAAUAUGAGAAUAAUAACAAUUGGCAAUCCCACGUCCGGUGGACGGGGCCUCAAAUUUUCAAACAGCUACCGGAGAUCAACGUCCUCUGCGCCGGCAUGGGUACAUCAGGAACCAUGACCGGGCUGGGAACAUACUUCAAAGGCGUCAAGCCCUCAGUCUACCGACUGGGGGUUUGCACCGCCCCUGGUGACCGGGUCCCGGGACCGAGAUCGUAUGCGCUCAUGCGGCCGGUCGAGUUCCCCUGGAAGGAGGCCGUGGACACGAUUGAAGAAGUUGGCUCUGCAGAGUCGUAUACCCUGUCACUCAACCUGUGUCGCGAGGGACUCGUCUGCGGACCCUCCUCCGGGUUCAAUCUCCAAGGAUUGUUCCAGACACUCGCCAAGCGGAAAGCCGCAGGGACCUUAUCCGAGCUCGCGGGCCCCGACGGGAUCACUCACUGCGUCUUCCUGUGCUGCGACCUGCCCUACCAGUAUAUCGACGAGUACUUCCAAAAGCUUGGCGAGAGCCAAUUCCACCCGAUCCGAAACGAGCGCCUGACGAAAGUAGAUCUCCACCGUUACGACGAAAGCUGGGAGCGCGACGCCCUGGACGUCCUACCGGAGUUCUACGGGUCUCCUACCAACAGCUGGGGACUGGACGACAUUGUACUGAAGCCCCAAUCGCGAGUGCUUGAUUUGCGCCAACCGGUCGAUUUCCACGCAUGGCAUCUCCCGGGCUCCACCAACCACCCGCUGGACAGCCUGGGGCCACACACGCCGUCACCGUUCUCGGAUCCCGGGGUGCUGGAGGCACAAUGGGUGGAGCUGGAGCAGAAGUUCCAUGACGUCGCUGGGCACGUUCUCGUGGUGUGUUACGAUGGAGACUCGGCACGCGUGGCUACCAGCGUGUUGCGGGCGAGGGGUCUGGAAGCGGACAGUGUGCGUGGCGGACACCGUGCUCUGAAGAUGUACACGGGGGAGAUGGCCCUUGCUAAACCUCUAGGGGCGACUGUUUCCGUUGCAGCUGUGCCCCUUGAGUGA